AUGGCUGGAGACGAGGUGCCAUCAGUGUCCGCGAGUGCAGUGAGCGCGGGUGCCUUGGACGUCCGCGUGAUAGCGGAGUUUGACGGCACCACAGACGUGGUAGAGUGGUGGACCCGCGCGGAACUGUUGUGCGCCCACCGUGGCGUGGAUUUUGGAGCGGUGGUCCCCCUGCGUCUCACCGGUGGAGCCUUCGCCGUGUGGGCUCAGCUGCCGGUCGAUCAUCGAGCCUCCCUGGCAGCCGUCAAGUCUGCCCUCUUUGCGGCGUUCGCCCUGGACAGCUUCGCGGCUUACGAUGCCUUCGUCACUCGUCGUCUUCAGCCGGGUGAGUCCGCCGACGUCUACCUGGCGGACCUGCGGCGGCUGGCUGAACUGUUCGGUGGCGUGCCGGACCGGACUCUGUCCUGUGCAUUCGUGAACGGGCUGCCGGACGCGGCAAGACAGGUGAUUCGCGCCGGCUCGCGCGCCGAGGCGUUGGACCUUCCCAGCGUGGUCGCGCGAGCGCGCGCCGUCCUCAGUGACGACCGCGUGGCAACGGUGGCGGCGGCGACGGCAGCGCCUCCACGCGGAGGGGGCGGAAGCCGCGGUGGAACGCAGGACGCAGAGGCGGUGAUGGCGGCGCGCGUCCCGAGACGGCCGCGCUCGCGCCGGUGCUGGGCGUGCGGCCGGCUGCCCGCAGGGAAACGGCACAGGGAGCGGUGCGUCAGCGCCAGCGCCGUCUCCUGCGCAAUAAGAGGAGCGCUGCCCAUAAUCAGGUUGCCGCUGAAUGGAGGACUCCGAGACGUGCUUGUCGACACGGGUUGUACGCAUAACCUCGCUCACGUGGACAUUUGUGAUCAGUGGGACCGGCAGCGCUUGCUGAUCACGACAAUGGGUGGUCACGCUGUUCAGGCACUAGGCGUGGGAGUCGUGACGGUUGGCCGCGUCGGUGGCGACAGUGUCUUGCCUGUGCUAGUGGUGGCGUCGCGGCCAAUGGGUGUGGACAUGAUUCUCGGAAUGACGGGCAUCUCCGCCCUCGGUGGAGUGAGCGUGAAAGGGCCGGGGGAUGUGAGGAUCGACGCGGUUUCAGAGAGGGUCCCAGUGCGCCCGGCGGGGAUCAACAGAGCAGUGGCGCGCCCAGGUGGUGUCGCGGGGGCGACAGUGCGCUCGGCCCCGGCUACGCAAGGACACGGCGGGGCAGUGGCGCAGCCAGGCGAGGCGCCGGCGGCGGCGCGUCCAGCCCGGGCGGCGCAGGUGAUCGGCGGGACAGUGGAGCGCCCAGGCGGCGGCGAGGCAGCGGCGGCGGGCCCGGCCCGGGCGGCGCAGGUGAUCGGCGGGACAGUGGCGCGCCCAGGCGGUGGCGAGGCGGCGGCGGCCGGCCCGGCCCGGGCAGCGCAGGCGAUCGGCUGUGCAGCGGCGCGCGCAGGCGGCGGCGAGGGAGCAACGGAUCGCCCCGCUCAGGCAGGCCAAGUGACCGGCGGAACAGUGGCGCGUCCAGGCGGCGCCAAGGUGGCGGCGGUGGAGCCGGCCAGGGCAGCCUCGGCAUCGCGCGGAGAGGGGGCGGGGCUUGGUAGCGCCGCAGCGACUGCGUCACAGGACCCGGCCGGCCCGGCGACCGGGCAUACCAUGCCCGGGCCCAGAGUGGGCGGGGCACCCACCGCGGAGCUAGUGGCCGACGCGAAAGACUUCACGGCGAGGUUCGAUGUUAAUACACGCAGUUGGACAGUGGCCUGGAAGUGGGCGGACGGAGUCGCACCAGACUGUCUGACCAACCGGGUCGCCGAGUACCGCGUGCCACCGUCAGCGCGGCAGGAGUACGACGAGGAGCUCGAGACGUGGCUGAGGAACGGCUGGCUGCAGCCCUACAAUGAAGCAGAGGACGGUCCGCCGCGCGGCCUCGUGCCCUUGAUGGCCGUCCCACAAGCAAAGAAGGUGCGCCCUGUACUGGACAUGCGAGAGCUGAACGGUCACGUAGCUGCAUACACCGCCGACUCGGACGUGUGCGCCGACCGCCUGCGGAAAUGGCGCCGCCACGGCCGGCGGGUGGCCGUCGUAGAUCUGCGGCGAGCGUACCUGCAGCUGCGUCUCGACCGGAAGCUGUGGCCGUAUCAGACAGUGAUCAUCCGUGGUGAGCGAUUCUGUUUGACCCGCCUUGGUUUUGGACUUAAUGUAGCGCCGGCCGUGAUGAAGGCGGUGGUGCGGCUCGUCAUGGCGCAGGAUGCAGCAGUGGAGCGCGCCGUCUGUCCGUAUGUGGACGACCUGCUUGUGGAUGAGGCUGUCGUCAGUGCUGAGCACGUGGUCGAGCACUUUGAGCGUUUUGGGCUCGAGUGCAAGCCACCGGCACGCGCCGAGGACGGCGCUCGGAUGCUGGGACUCCACGUGCGGCGUGUGGCGGGUGAGCUGCGGUGGUCUCGUGACAGUGCUGUCCCCGACCCGCCCGACCGUGUGACGCGCCGAUCGGUAUUUGCAUGGUGCGGCAGGCUGGUGGCGCACCUCCCCGUCUGCGGCUGGCUGCGACCCGCCGCCGCCUGGGUGAAACGGCGCGCCAAUGCCGUCACGCGCGGCUGGGAUGACGUCACGACCGACGCGCUCCUGCAGUCUCAGAUCUCGCACGUGCACACCCGGCUGCUAGCGGCGGACCCGGCGCGGGGCCAGUGGUGCUGGACCGGGGAUCAGGCAAUCGUCUGGACAGACGCCAGCUCGAUCGCGGCUGGAGUGGUCAUCGAGACACCGUGCGGUGGCGUGAUGGAGGACGCCUGCUGGCUCCGGCCCGGCGAUGCCGCAGCGACCCACAUAAACAUGGCCGAAUUGGAUGCCGCCGUUCGCGGCUUGAACCUGGCCGUGGCGUGGGGCGUGACAAACAUCGACCUAAGGACAGACUCGGCGACAGUGCACCGCUGGGUGGACGACGCGCUCAGCGGCCGCGCCCGCCUCCGGACGAGAGCGGCCGGUGAGAUGCUAAUCAGACGCCGGGUCGACCUCAUUCGACAGCUAGCCAACGAACUGGAGCUCAAGGUCACCGUCACGCUGGUUCGCUCGGAGGAGAACCUCGCCGACGCCCUGACGCGAGUGCCGAAGGAGUGGCUGCGUGACGAGUGUGAAGAGAGCAGGAUGUCGGUGACGGCCGAUGACGGAGCCGGCGACUCGGCCGCCCGUGGGCAGGUGGUCGUCGGUGCUGGUGCUGCAGAUGCCGUCAGGUCGGCUGUGCAAUCGGUGCACGAGCGGGCCGGUCACCCUGGCGUUCGUCGGACGCUGUUUUUCGCGCGGCGAGAUGUGUCUCGAGACGUGACGAGGGCUCUGGUGCGCGCGGUCGUGACGACUUGUGAUGUGUGCCGAUCGAUAGACCCGGCGCCUGUGCGGUGGCGGCACGGCUCGCUAGAGGUGGCGGCAGUAUGGGAGCGCGUCGCGAUGGACGUGACCCACCACCAGGGGCGGAGCUACCUAACCGUCAUCGACUGCGGGCCCACGCGGUUCACCGUCUGGCGCCCGCUCGGCCGUGCCGACGCAGUGGAGGUCACCGGCCACCUGGAACAGAUCUUCCUGGAGCGCGGCGCGCCCAAAGAAAUACUGGCGGACAAUGACACGGUGUUUCGGGGCCGGCGACUCGCCUCGCUCGUGGCACGGUGGGGCAUUGCCCUGAGAUUCCGAGCCGUGCACGAGCCGGGCGGCAAUGGCGUAGUGGAACGGUGCCAUCGAACUGUCAAGGUGAUCGCGGCUAGGAGGCGGUGCCCUGUGUCCGAGGCCGUCCACCUCUACAACGUCACUCCUCGUGACGGCCGGACGGCGGACACCGCGCCAGCGGCCGGGGUGUACCGCUACGCGGUGAGAGACUGCGUCCGCCCAGGGCAUACGCCAGUCGAUACCGACGGGGAUGGCGCCCAGCCUGCGCCAGCGCUGACCCAGCCGACCGACGCCCGGCUCCGGGAAGGGGACCGUGUGUGGGUGCGGCGCCGCGGCACCCGCUGUACCGAGACGUCUCAGCGCGGGACGGUUACGGGCGAGCUCUCAGAACAGGUGCUGGAGGUGGACGGCGUUCCGUGGCACGUCCGUAACCUGCGACCGCGGUACGAAGCGUCCUCGGACAGCGGGGAUGACAGUGAAGAGGCCGACGAAUCGCCGCCACUGCUCGUUGGCCCCCCGCCGGCCGCACUGCGAGCUGAACAUGACGCGCUGAACGGGGCGGCGCCCCCCGAUGAGCCACAGACUGAGUCACACGGGAUAGAUGGGACGGUGCCGCCAGGCGAGGGGUCGGAACCGUUUUCGACGGAGGGGGAGCCGGCGGAAGCGGCAAAUAUCCCCCCGCCCCGUCACAGUGAGCGUGCCCGGCGACCGCCGCCGCCGUGCAGCUGCUGCACCCAGCCGGAGUGAUGACUCUUACGUGAGCGGUGAGCACAUGUGCGUUUGAUAUUGUUUUGUUUGUUUGUAUUGUUUGUAUUAUGUGUUUGUAUCGCCGUAUCGUGUAUUUGUAUAAUUGUAUGUAUGAUUCUUGAGAAUCAGGGGGAGGUGUGGCGUGAUACCGGGGUCGUGGUAUCCCGUCCCCGGCGCCGAUGUUAGAGACGGUACCUGGUCCGGGCUGUACCGGGCCCCGGACUGUACCGGGCCUCACUGUCAGAGGCGGGACGACAGGGGGUCUGGGGACGGAAGGACCGGGUGGGCUCUCGCGCUGUGUGACUGGGAGUGUGCGGUGGCCCGUCUCGCGUGUGCAGUGGCCUGUUUCGCGCUAUCGGACAAAUACAAGAGACAUGGCGCAACAGAUACUAAACAAGAAGGAUCGUGACGCUGUUGGAAGGACAGUCCUGUUUA